GUCUUUUUUUUUUUCACAGAGUGAAGUCCAGUUGCUUUUCGACAUCUGACCGAGGAAGCUCAUGGACUGGUAAUUCUUAACAAAGUUCUUAGAAGUGGUUUCAACGUAACUCGAAUUAUUAUAUGAAUAAAAAUAUCAAAGUAGAUCAUCGCAGUUAUAGAUGCAACUUUUGCAGUCGCGAAAAAAAAAAUUCAAGCUUAUCCUGUACAAGCCUGACUUUUUUCAGGCUUUCGUUUCGCAACUGCAAAAGUUCGGUCUAUAACUGUGACGAUCUACUUUCAUAUAAUUCUUCCCCCUGUAGUUCACAUAUAUGAUUUUCAUAUAUUCAUAACUUCGUAACUCGAAUUGGCAGCUAAUUAGAUAAAAGAAAUCACAACUGUCCCUGUCCAGUAAUCGGCUUCUGGCCUGUUUCAGUUUCUGACUGGUACAAAUCCCCGGCUAAUUAAAUAGGAAGACUUUUGCGAUAUCCGUUAAAAUGACGUCAAUAAUGCAGGCUACCUCCAGAAAUAAACACGGAAAUCAACGAGCCAUCGGGGACAAGGCCUUGUUAGCCCUGUUGUUUUGGUAGAACUGGAGCAAAUGGCGGGAAAUUUCACACUCUUCGCUUCGAAGAAAUGGCCGAAUCACUACCUAAAACUAUAGAAGGAACGUUAAAAAUACAACUCGCCGGAUGACGAUAAAUUAAUCAUAGGUUUCGGCUUUCGUAUGAUGUAAAGUAUUAUGCAGAUUGAGAAAGGUGCUAUAACGCCCUCCCUCGAUCUGGGUAAUUAUUUCUUCAGAUCAUACUCACCCUCAUUCAAUAAUUGUUAAAUCAAACAAAACAAAUUAUAUCAAAUAAAUUCUAAAUGAACUAUAAAUAUUUAUUCCCACAGCCAUGGACCAGCAAGUUUGCUACAUUAUCGGUCAGGAUGGAUCCCACCUGUAUGGCAUAGCGUGCAAUAACCGCGCCUAUAUGCGCCAGAAAUAUCCAAACGGAGCAUGGUAUGGGAUAGAGAAAGAAGUAUGGGAAACCGCAAAAACAAACGCUGGCAAUAUCAGCUUUAACCUAGUAACAAUCGAGGAUAGCUACAGUCACAGCGGUGAUCCUGAAAAGAUCAAAGGUUCUGGAAUCCAGUGGGGAGGUAAGUAUUGUAAUGGAGGUCAAUUGGUCAUUCCCAGUAAUUAUAGUGAAAGUGACGACCUCGCCCCUACCACCCGACACAAUGUUGAAUUCACCAUUUUCACAUAGACACAUUAUACACCUUGUAUUACAGUUAUCCCAAGAGAAAUCGAAGAAUUGGUUAUGGAAAAUAUUGGGAGGGGGGUGUUUGUGUGUGUGUGUGUCGAGGGGGGGGGGGGGAGAAACAAGGUGUAUGUGAAAAUGGUGGAUGGCUGGAAAUAAGUCCGUUUGGGGUCACAACAUGGUCUGGGGAAUGUAGGGGGAUGAGGGGAUGAACCCAAAGCUGAUCCAAAAAUUGUCAUUAGAAGCUGAUUCCUAUGUAACAAUUACUUGGAAAGGUUUUCCUACCGUGUUCCAAGUUCUUUCAACCUCCAUUUUGGCUUUCGGUAGAGCGAAGGGAAGCAAGCAAGAAGGCGCGCCUUGCACAUUCUCGAACACCCGGAAUUUAUCCUGUCUCAAUUCCCUUUCAACCGCCUGCCCCAGGCUUACCUCAGCGGCUCGCAAUCAGUUGUUAGAGAUUUCUAUGAAAUCCAGUGCUAUAACGAACCUUCUGAGGGUGGAAAGGCACGAAAACCACUAAACAGGGGAAGUCAGUCUCCGACGAAAAAAGAAAUUAAACUUUUUCAAUGGUAGUAGCCCGAGUAAAAGUAUCGGAGAAGAGUUUAUUCCACUUUGCUAGACUUAGGACCAAGUUCAGAAAAAAUGCCUAGUUUUAAAGGAAAACUGCCGAUCAUUUAGAUGUUUUCAAGAGUGUUAAACAAAACUACUUUUACUUAUUCAACUACAAACGUUUUCUUUGGUUUUGUUUUAGCAAAUGCAGAAGGCGUGCACGUGAAAACUGCAGACACCUGGAAGUUAAUAGCAAAGUGGAAGUGCUGCGAAAAUUGAACUGAGAAAACCCUUUUGUACUUAACAAUAAAAAUAGUUACUACCAGAACCAAGUUUUCUACGAGUCGAUAUGACAACUUGACUAGCUCUUGAAGAAUUAGUGAUAGCAUGCGGUUUCCCCCAAAACACCUCAUAACCUCAGGCCCUGUAGAUAUUCGAUUUUAAGGGGAGGAAUCUUGUUAAACAGUCUUGGUUAGCUUAUUUAUUAUUUCUUUACGAGUUUGUGGUACAGUUCGAAAUUGUCUUGCAUGCACCUUCAAGUUAGACGAUCAAAUAUCACAGCUUCAUUGUAAUCAAUCUGAUUGCCAUGACUGGGCAGAGUUCUUUAACUAGUGACCAUAGUUGGACUGUUGACUGGCAGUUUUAAGAAGUUGCGAGUGGUAGACCAGAUACUUUGUGUGAGGUUUGGUGACCACUAAGCAAGAGAACAACAGAAUAAGGCUAGUUAAGCUUUUUAGGUCUGUUGGAUCGUCAUCUGAAUUGUAGAUGAUGCUGUAAAUAGUUUUAAACUUGUAAUGACGUUUUAAAUAAAAAGGGGCAUUGUCUUGUUAACCAGCAGG